AUGCCCCUUUCUUUAAGAGCGGCAAAUCUUGUUCCUUUUCAGGACGUUGUCAACUGUGAGGAAUUCAACCAACUUUCGGCUGAUCAAUUAAUUGAACUGAUUUCAAAUGAAGAGCUAAAUGUGCAUUCAGAAGAGCGGUUGUUGGAACACGUUCGCCUUCCGCUUUGUCAGCCAAAGUUCCUUGUCAACACAGUCAGUAAAGACGCUUUGGUAAUGGCAGAUAUUGCGUGCCGAGAUCUUCUCGAUGAAGCAAAGGUUGGUUGUUCAACAUGCUUUGAAUCACUCCAAAACAAUCCAGAAUACUUUUUCCCUUUGCAGAAUUUCCAACUACUCCAAUUAUCUGCGCAUGUGAAACCUGAAAUGCAAGGAACGCGCACCACACCACGAAAAUCAUUCAGAUUUGGCGAAGUAUUAUACGUUGGUACG